AUUCAUCCGACGGAGGUGCUUAGUUUGGAUGAGGACACUUGCUCUGAUUGGCUUCAGGAGGCCAAGAUGAUCGAAGGCUUUAGGGUGCAGGAGAACCAAACAAAGGCUGAAGAUGUAGCGACACCCAUGGGAGCGGGGACGUCUCGCAUAUUCGAUGCUUUAACUUAUCCGACGCCCUCUCCCUCUGUCCAUUCGCCCCAAGUGGGUCGGUCGGUAGCCCCGACAAGCCCUGCUGACAGGAUAACGCCGUAUUGGUCCAUUGCUACCCCUUUGUCGAUUGGUAGCCCUUGUUCGUCCCUAGUAAUGCCACCAACGGGGCCUGCUACGCCUCCUGGGUCUGAUACUAAGACUUCAUGUUAUCCGACCCCAUCUACAUCUUAUUCUCAAUCUCCCCCUACGGUAGAGUCACUCAUGCCUCUGAGCCCUGAAAUUCCGAGACGGAGAAAAUCCCGAUGCUUAGAGUUGUGCAGAUUUGGGGAAGACGGCACAGAGCUCCUCAAACAGAGUAGAAACACGCAAAUCCUCGAAGCGGAAGCUGGACUUCUCGCACAAGACCCUCUCAGACCGCUGCAGCCCUUUCUAGGACUCGGCGAAGCAGAUACAUGUUCCUCAUUAAGUGCACUCGGACUUCCUGUUGUGUGGAUGGGCCUAAAGGGGGCUGCUAGUUACUAUAGACUACUUGAAGCCGUGAAGGACAAUAAAAUUGUUCUUCACCCCUUCGCGAAGCACAUAGCGCAAACUUUAUUUUAUCUCAACUACAAGUGGUUGGAGAAACACAUGAAUCAGGGUAGGGUCUCUGUUGCUACGUUAAUUCUUAACACCUGCUCUGAGGAACCAUCAAAGUCUCGUCGUGACAAUAUCACUACCUAUCAUGUGCGGCGAGGAAGAAUUUGUUGGACGCUUGCAGCGUGCUUGGGCGCCGGUAUCUUGUUGCAUGGUGGUGAUGCCAUACGCAUUAUGUAUGUACUCCGGCGACAUCCCUUUCGUCAACUAACCCAGACCCGUAGUAUCAAGGAUACUUUCAGUGUCAGCCAACUUAAUGUUUUUAUAUCCUUUGUCUUGCGCACCCGGCCGGGUAGCGUUCGUCUUUUUCAUUCACUGGAGCCUGUGGUAAAGGCAAUCAUACUGGGAGUGCCUGCAGUUGAUCUCCGCCCGGUUGUUCUGGCUGAUGAUAAUGACCUUAUUAGACAAGAGGAACUAACGUAUGCCUAUGCAGCGGACCAGGAAGCCUUGACAGACCAGACAACGGACGAGACAUGGCUGGCAAUAAAUGCCGAGUAUAUCGCAAAGGAGAAAAUGUCUGAGUUUCUUCCCAAUUUCUGA